CUCGACUCGAUCCACUAUCAAAGCGCUAUGCUUGGGCAUAAAAGAUUUACAUGAAAAAACAACCAAGACAAUGGGGUUGGUAAUUUGCCAAAUUACCACUCCGUGAACCUGUUCUCUCAACGCGCUUCUCCCAGGAUGUAUGGGAGUUGUUGUUGUAGGCAUGUAGGUAUAUAUGUUAUUGUGAUACGGGUACGUUGAGUCAGUACACCUGAGGUAACAAGUCGCGAUACCUGAGUCGAGCCGCUGACAUACCUGAGGUGAGGAGCUACUUUACUUACCUGUAAUCAGCGUUUACUGUGGAGUAUAUCCAGGUACACGCCAUGGACUGUGGAUAGACAACAGGUAUCACUAGCACACCGCCACCAUGCUGAGAACGUGUACCCCGGGGCCAGCUCCCCAUCUCCGAGCCCCGUCCCCUACGGAGGGACUGAGACGCCAGAUCGUUGAUAUGGUCAGGAUUACAGACCAUGGACUGGGCCAACGUUCAGCCACCAUCAUAUACGACUUACGACAGAGACAGGUUGUACAAGGGGAGACAACUCGUGGGAAAACACCCGACAUACGACGAAUCCCUGCAAGAAACCGAGAUUUUGGUCAUGACCUCGACACAUCCAAAUCAUCUGGAUCUCUUCCCCAGCCAUGUAAGACAUCGACACCCUACACUCAAAGACGUGAGGUAAAACGAGACAGUGAGGCAAGAAACCUGUCCCCAAACCGCUUCAAGACAGCCUUCCAGAUCCCAAGUCCCCCGCGGACAUCCCAGGGUGUCCCCGAGACGACAAAGAGGCCCCGGACAGGUCAGGGUCGAGAGCGGAGGGUCGUGAGGACAAAGAGCAUCCGGCUUCAGAAUGACACUGCUGGUCCUCACUGUCAAUCCUCGGAUUCCUCCAGUCCGUCGGACGAGAAGACAACCAGCAAAACAUCAGGAGAACCUUGUGAAGUUCGUGGCAACGCCAUCAGUUCAUCGCCAACACGAUCAAGAGUUAUGUCCCCUGUGAAGAGGGCUGAGGUGCAGCGCCGUGCUACGCUGUUCUCGACCUCGCUUGAACUGUUCCGAAGGCGACUGAAGAUGAACCAAAGUAAAUUUUUCAGUUGUAAUAAAGUUAAUCCAGAGGAGUAUGUGAUAAGGAAAGAAGAGAGAAAACCCUCGGCGAAACAGCGACUGAAUGUUAACAAUAUUCCAAAUUCGAAAAAACUCCAUCACCGGUUCGUGUCGCUCAAACGCAACUGGAGGAUUCAGCUGACGAUAGUCUGGAGACGAAGCAGACAAGAUGUUCCUACAGAUUGCCCGAAGUAACGGAUGAAGAAAAACAGGUGUCGUUCGGCGACCUCCGCAGCCUUCCGCAGGUACAGACAUACGUUCUAGAAGAUGACGGCUCAGACCAUGCCCGUCGACGCACAUUCAGAGAACCUGCUCCACUAACGUCUCACAACCUCGGCAUCCACAACAUGUUUAUGGACCAACAACGUCGACGACCUCGCGUUGAAGCUAAUGGGGUUAUUUACGACGCUCGGACAUGGCGUUGGGUGGAAGAGUCGAAUGCACAAGGCCGAGUCCAAAGAAUGGUUCGAUUCAACAUCUCGUCAAAUCCCGUCACAGAAACGGCUUCGGACUCGAGUAGAGUGAUCUCGGACGGGUCACGUGAUUAGUGUCACCCUGUCCUUAUAAACAUAAUAGGGUAUAGAUCCCUAGUGCCUGUGAUAAUGGUGGACAAAGUGAUAUUUCAUUCAUCGGAGUAUCCCAGUGGAUUAUGACGUCAUAUAUUCGGAUACCUAUGAGUUUGACAUGUCUGUUUACAAGUGAUCACAUGAUUUAGUGGUGAUGGAUAUAGUUCAUUAACCCAAGUUUUGCCUUCAUGAAUAUACUUGAUGAAUAUACUUGAUGGAUAUAUUUUGUAUUACACCGUGUACAUACUUACUUAAGUUUCAAAGUAUUUACCGUAUUAUAUGUCUUGGCAUAGAAAUAAUGUACAUGUAUUGUGUCUAAUGGAGCCAGAGCAGUAAAUGUAGUUCCGUAGUUCCGUAGAACUUUAUUUCGCUUCCCGACACUGCUCCUCAUUUUCGUUUGUAGGGAAUUUUUAGUAUCUUAUUGAAAUAUCCGUUUCGCUUCGUAGAUAUUUCUUCGUGUAACGGAAGUUCCAAAACGGAAUUAUUUAGCGUGUGUCAGUGGACAUCGUGAAGCUUUUUUCGGUGGCGGAUAAAGACAAAUAGAUUCAAUGGGGCAUCCAUUGUGUCCUGAACUAAACACGCGUCCCCAACACUGUCAAACGGGGUUUUGACGGAACAGUGGGAUGACGUAUCUUCAGACACGCGUCAUACUGAUCUGAUGUUUCGAUGCCCGACGUAGAGUGUAGUGUUCGUAUUGUUGCGUUUCGUGUGUCUAUGCAUCGGCUACUGACGGUUAACUGACAUCCCAUACCAUCAGAUCGUAUAAACAGUUAACAUUAGUUUCAAGUAACUGAUAUUUCACAGAAUAUUUGGCACGCCGAACAAUCAGAUCAUAUUGUCAGUUAACUUCAGUUUCGAGUUGCUGAUAUUUUGCUGAUACCUAAUACCAUCAGAUCAUAUUAUCGGUUAAGAUAAGUCUCGUUUAACUAAUAUUUCGCAGAAUAGUUCACCGACACCCCUUACCAUACCAAUUACCAUACCAUAUUAUCAGAUCAUAUUGUCAAUUAACAUCAGUUUCGACUAACUGAUAUUUCGCAGAAUAUUUCGUAACACCCCAUACCUUCAGAUCAUAUUAUCAGUUAACAUCUCUUUCGACUGAUAUUUCGCAGAAUAUUACGUGACACCCCAUACUUUCAUAUCAUAUUAUCAGUUAACUUUAGGUUCGAGUAACUAUUAAUGUAUUAGUUUCGGAUAACUGAUAUUUUGAGGACUGUUUCGUUGAUACUCCUUCCCAUCAGAUCAAAUCAACUUACAGUUCGAGUAACUGAUAUUGCGCUGACACCAUAUGCCAUCAGAUCAUAUUAUCGUUUCGGUCAAGUGGCAUUUCGCUGUUGAUACACAUUCAGUUCAUAUUGAUGUUUCGUAGAAUAUUUCGCGGACACCAUCAUCUCAUAUUAUCAGUUAAUAUCCGUUUCGGAUAACUGAUGUUUCGAAAAGGUUUCGGCUGAUAUCCUAUACCACCAGAUCGUAUUACCAGUUUCGUGUAACUGAUAUUCGAUAACACCAUGUAUCACCAGAUCAUAUUAUCGGUUGUCAUCAGUUUCGUGUAACUGAUAUUUCGAUAACACCAUGUAUCACCAAAUCAUAUUAUCGGUUGUCAUCAGUUUCGUGUAACUGCUAUUUCGAUAACACCAUGUAUCACCAGAUCAUAUUAUCGGUUGUCAUCAGUUUCGUGUAACUGCUAUUUCGAUAACACCAUGUACCACCAGAUCAUAUUAUCGGUUGUCAUCAAUUUCGUGUAACUGCUAUUUCGAUAACACCAUGUAUCACCAGAUCAUAUUAUCGGUUGUCAUCAGUUUCGUGUAACUGCUAUUUCGAUAACACAAUGUACCACCAGGUCAUAUAAUCAGUUAACAUCAGUUUCGUGUAACUGAUAUUUCGAUAACACCAGAUACCACCAGAGAAUAUUAUCGGUUGUCAUCAGUUUCGUGUAACUGAUAUUUCGAUAACACCAUGUACCACCAGGUCGUAUAAUCAGUUAACAUCAGUUUCGUGUAACUGAUAUUUCGAUAACACCAGAUACCACCAGAGAAUAUUAUCGGUUGUCAUCAGUUUCGUGUAACUGAUAUUCGAUAACACUAUGUACCACCAGGUCGUAUAAUCAGUUAACAUCAGUUUCGUGUAACUGAUAUUUCGAUAACACCAGAUACCACCAGAGAAUAUUAUCGGUUGUCAUCAGUUUCGUGUAACUGAUAUUUCGAUAACACCAUGUACCACCAGAUCGUAUAAUCAGUUAACAUCAGUUUCGGGUAACUGAUAUUUCGCAGAAUGUUUCGCUGACACCCAUAACAUGAUGCCAUAAUUAUAUUAUCAGUUUCGGGUAACUGAUAUUUCGAUAACACCAUGUACCACCAGAGCAUAUUAUCAGGUUGUCAUCAGUUUCGAGUAACUGAUAUUUCGCAGAAUGUUUCGCUGACACUCAUAACAUGAUGCCAUAAUUAUAUUAUCAGUUUCGGGUAACUGAUAUUUCGCUGAAGAUUUCGCUGACAUCCCAUACCAUCAAAUCAUAUUAUCAGUUGAAAUCAAUUUCGGAUAACUGAUAUUUCGCAGAUGUUUCGGCUGACCCCCCAUACCACUAGAACGUAUUAUCAGUUAACAUCAGUUUCAGGUAACUGCUAUUUCGUUAACGCCAUAUACCAUCAGAUCAUAUUAUCACUUAACAUAUCCGUUUCGGUCAAGUGGUAUUUCGCUGAUGAUAUAGAAUCUACAUCCAGUUAACACUGAUCUUUCGUAGAAUAUUUCGCGGACAUUCAAUGCCAUCAAAUCGUGUUCGGAUCAGUUUCGGAUAACUGAUAUUUCUCAGAAUUUUCUGAUGACACCCCAUAUCAUUGCUUGCAUUAUCAGUUAACAUCAGUUUCGAGUAACUGAUAUUUCGUUGAUCACAUCAUCAGAUCAUAUUAUCACUUAACAUAUAAAUUUCGGUCAAGUGGUAUUAACGCUGAUGUUUCGCAGGAUAUUUCACGACACAAUGUCCCAUUCUGUUUCUGGUUCAACACGAGUUAUCGGACCUGAUUGUGGAAUACCAAUACAUUUUGUGUUCAUUAUCUCAUCAUUACAUCACCCAUCGUAGCCCAAAUCUUUACUGUUGACCUGGUUAAAUGAUGGCCCGUUCAGUUUCGAACGUUUUCGCUGAACACAAGUACUGAUGGAUUUGUUCGGCAAGAUGACGGGACCGACAUAUCGAGAUACUGUGAGUGUCCCAUUCGUUUCGGUUGUAAGUUUCCAAUAUUGUGCACUCUUUUGAAAGGAAAAGUUGAUCUCGACAUGCUGUUAACUGGAAUAUGAGUUCCAUUUUUGUAAAACUGAAUUUUCCCUUCGAGGUUUCGAAUUUCGACCGACGCUCGUGGCCUUCAUCCGUGCAAAUGUGGAUGCCAACAGACACUAGAACUGCCAAGUUUGUAGACUUGGAAAAUAUAUCCCCAACUGACCUUUUCGUGUUAGCAUUGCGUUUGUGACACUGCAGAGAAGGGGAAAUGGAUUUGUUUGGUUCCAAUGAGAUGCAUAUUUCGUUUUUAUUCCCUGUGAGAGCGCUUUUUCGGAUUUACUCCAUCAGUAGUCGGACUGUCAAUUGUUUCGUCUUUUCGCAAAAUCUGACACAAAUACGGUGGUCGUUUUCAGACAAAACGAUUCUAUCGUCUGAUUCUCGCACAGUAUUAUUUUCUUCUGAAUGCUUUGAGGGAAAUAGUACAUUUGUUUCACGAGGGCGGUCACGUAUCGCCUUUCGUCGCUUUCGUUCCCCCAUGCAAGCCCAUAUUACCCAUUGUAUGGAGGAUUGGACGUGUAGUGUUUCUAUGCCAAGACAUACGCAAUAUCAUGUACAUUACCUAUGGAUUACGUAUCAAUUUUAAUACUCAAAUCAAAUGUGAAAUUGUGAUAUCCCUUCCCCUUCCUACCCCUAAGGUGCAAACCUGCUAUAAAAUCGGAGUCAAUAUAUAACUCGACAGCAUUGCUUAAUUAAUUUUCUUAUCAGCUAUACAAUCUACGAUACCCUGAAGGGUGUAUAUGAUUACAUGUACACGACGAAGCAAUAAAUGCAUGUACAUAAUAUCACUGUAAAUAUACGGAUCUAAGUGCCAUGUUUUAUAUGAACGAUGCCCAUGUAUAGUGUGUACACUAUAUGUAUCAGUUAUGUACCUCGUGUAAUGUUUUGAGAAAUGUCAAUGUACAUUAUUAAAUGAUGCUCAAAUCGGCUGGAAAUCUACACGCGCACUUGCUUCUGUUUUGAUAAAGGUGUUCCAAGCAAACGAUUUUCACUUGCAUUUUCAUUGUGAUUUUAUGUAUGUACAUGUUUUUCAAGGGCGGACAUUGACAUUUCUUAUUGUUUGAAGUAUAGUGUGACAAAAUAAAUAGUAAACAACUGCA